AUUCGUUUUAAAUGAUUUUAGUACUAUUGGUUAAUCUAAUUUUGGCAACUGGUAAACUAAAAUAGCAUCAUUUAAAUCAUUAAGUGAUGUUUAAAAAAGAACGUGAUGUAGUUGUAUUGAAUAUAUACAAUUUUGAUGCAGCAUUGAUGAGAUUUGAAGUUUUAUUAGUAGAUUUUUAUGCUCCAUGGUGUCCACAUUGGUAUAUAAGACAGUAAAUUUAGUUAAAGAUUAGAGCCAGAAUUUGCUGAAGCAGCUGAAACAUUAUAAGAAAAAAGAAGCAAAAUUACUUUAGCCAAAGUAGAUUGCACAUAAGAAUCUGUACUAUGUACAAAAUUUGAAGUUAGAGGUUAUCCAACUUUAAGGAUUUUUUAUCAUGAUAGAAUUUAUCAUUUUCAUGGAAAUAGAGAUGCUAAAGGAAUAAUUGAUUUUAUGAUAGAUCACUUAAAAGAGGAAUAAGAGAAAGAAAAAUAGUAAUAAAAAUACUAUGAACCUUGAACCAUUAUUAUUUUAGCAAACACAAAG